GGCCUAGGAUGUGCUACCUAAUUUACUAGAUACAUGAACGGGGCUGCAGUUGUCCAGUCCGCACAGAGUGGGCGCUACUGUUCAGAUGAUACACGGAACCAGCUAGGAUAGCCUACGCUACUACAACCUGUACGCCGAGCAGGGAUGUUGUGUUUUGUCUUUGUCAAGUUAAAUAAAACAGGUUUAACAGGAUAAAGACAGCAGUGAUCUUUCGGACGACAUGAGUUAAUCGUGAAAAGUGCGGGUUUUCUUUAUGAAGGGAGAGGAGAAAGAGCGCAAGCAUGAAGCGGAGCAAGCAAUGGGAUAUCAAGUCUGCCAUGGUGCUGGCAGGGGCAUUCCACUUCCUUUAUUCCUGUGGCAGAGCCUGCCUGAUGCCUUUCCUCACCCUGUAUCUCAGGCACUUGGGUCUCAGUGCCUACAUGGUUGGCAUCGUCAUGGGCACCCAACACCUUAUCUGCCUGAUAUGGCACCCCCUCUCCAGCCUGCUGGCCAGGCACCAUGACAAGCGGCGGGUGGUCAUCAUCGGCUCGCUGGUCUGCUCGGCUGGACUGGGCCUGGCUUUCCUGCUCCUGCCACCCUCAGGGGACGCAACUGGGGCCAGUAUCUGUAACUCCACCUCUCCCCUCGCCCCCAGACCCACCACAGAACCUGCCAACAGCCACCCAGUGAGCCACGUAACAGUGCCCCCACAAAUCUCCCCUACUGGCACUCCCUCCCAAUUAAAACUGACUGUGCCAGCUCAAAACCUCACUGGCUUGGCCACUGUAGGAAAUGCCUUCACCACUAUUGUCCAGAGCAGGAGUGAAAGUGGGGAAGCUAGUGCAACCGUGUCUGCUAGUGUGGAGAGAAGAGAGAACUACAACAAGGGGGCCAUGAACUUUAGCAGUAACACAAAGGAGAGUGUUGCACCACACAGGAGAGCAGCCAGAUUUCAGAGGCACACGGAGGUGAUGAAAGAGGAAGAGGCCCAUUAUGAGUCCCUGGGCAGUCUGAAUGGGAUGGAUGCUCAGCACCAGCUCUUCUUCCUGGUGCUCAUAGUGAUUGGACUGUGGGAGAUUGCAGCUGCCCCUCUGCAGUGGACAGCAGAUGAUGGACUCUACGACUACCUAGACUUUGUUGAUGCCACCGACCGGCAUGGUCGGGUGUGGAUGUGGAGGUUGUUAGGAGGGGCCUGUGGCGUGUUUGGAGUUGGGCUCCUGGUCUCUAACCUGGACUGCUUUUUGUUUGGGGGCACGAGUGUAUCCAGGGGUGCUGUGCAUUUCUUUGGCUACGCACUGCUAAUGCUUGUGGUAGUCCCUGAGGCCGCAUUCCUCCCGCUCUACCUCAAUCGCAAGCAGGUGCUGCAACGUGGUGGGAGGACAAACAAUGGUGUGAAAGCGCUCCGGCUAGUCAGGGACGACCCCCGCGCCCUCCUGUGUGCCGUCACUGCCUGCCUGGUGGGCGCAGCGAGUGCUGCCGUGGAGGACUUCCUGCCGUGGCAGAUACAGGACGGCGGGGGCAGCGAGCUGCACGUGGGCACAGCGCUGGGCGUGGCGCUGCUCUCCCAGGUGACCUUCCCGCCGGUGCUCAGGAGCGGACGUGUCCUGCGGAUCCUGGGCCCCCACGGCCGGAUCCUACUCCUGGGGGCUGCAGCCCGUGCACUCCAAUGCCUCUACUACUCCUUCCUCAGGGGCCCGUGGGCCGUCCUCCCUGCCCAGGCGCUGGACUGCCUCAGCGUAGGUGCCUUCUGGUGGGCGCUGGAGGCGCAGUGUGAGGACGUAGCAACACCUGGCACGGAGCGGGCCAUGCGGCGGGUCUAUCAGGCCCUGGCACUGGAUCUUGGCGCCGGGCUUGGCAGCUUUGCAGGGGGGUUGGUGGUACAGAGGUUUGGCAUAGCUGUGCUCUUCCAGGGCCUGGCUGCCGGCCUCGGCCUCUGGUGUGUCAUCCUCGGCCUUUUACAGUGGAAGGUCCCAAGGCAGCGGAGGAUCAACUACUCCCGCCUCCUGGCAGCAGACGCCAGUGAGGUGAGCGACACAGAGUCUGAGCAGGAGAGAGACUGGCUGGACAAAGCUAUCCAAGAGGAGAACAGCAAGAACAGUAACAGCCACAGAAAUAACUCCAGGCAAUAACUGAAGGACACCAGCUGCUCUCCCCUCAGAACAUUAUACUUAUGAAAUGCUUCAGAUACUGGGAUUUUGAUUAAUUUGGCCAAGAGGAAACAUAAAUUGGGAGGAAAAUUUGGUUUAACCAGUAACUAUCGGGGUUAGUACAGGUCAAACUCAUUAAUUCAUUUUCAGAGAUGUAAUUCUGAAAAGUUGUUAUCGAGACUACUCGAAAAAAUUGAAAAUAAAUGUUUUGACUGUUAUCAAUGACUUUACUAGGGAAUGUGCUAUCUAGUCUGUGAUGUGCAAUCGUUUUGUUUAUCUUUUUGAGUUUUUGAUUAAUUGUUCAAAAAUGUUUUGGCUUGGGUUGUGUUUGCCUGGACUUGAUGUCUCCUUUAUAUGUGAAAGCACUUAUCUUAAAUAAAAGUUUUGGAUAAGAGCA